GGCGCAAAAGCUCGCGUGCCGUCCCGAACUAAAAAAGCAUAUAGAACGAGAGAGAGAGAAAGAGAUUGAGAGAAAGAGAGAGAAAGAGAGAGAAAGAGAGAGAGAGAGAAAGAGAGAGAUAGAGAGAGAUAGAAAGAGAGAGAGAGAGAGAGAGAGAGAGGGAAAGAGAUAGCAGCUUUGCGAGUGCGUGCGACUUGUGUGUGCGUGCAAGUGAAGAAUUUCGGGGUGUCUAAAGUGGCAGCUCCGGCAGCGGUGGCGACUCUUUGCUCUACGAACGACCACGACGAUUGCCACGCAACGAAGAAAUUUAGAGAACUCGAUUCUCCCACAUGCCAGAGCCAAGGGGAGAGCAGCAGCACCACCACCAUCACGAUAGAGCCAGUCCAGCUGUCGGGCCGUGCAGCCGGAUGACGAAAGCGUCGACGAUGGCGACGAUGUUAAUGACGACGACGACGACGACGAUGACGACGACGACGACGAUGACGACGACGACGACGACGACGACGAGGACAACGACGACGACGAGAGCUUGAAAGUCGCCGACGAGGCGAUGCCGCCGGUGCUGAAGCCCCAACAACGAGCGUCAUGAUGCAGCCGAAUGGCUUGGCGGGUGGGGCGCAGAUGCCCCAGAGUCCCGGCCAUCAGCAGCAGCUGGGCCCGGGCAUGGGCAGGCCUCAAGUCAACGGGGGUCGCUUUGACUUCGAUGACGGCGGCACGUAUUGCGGCGGCUGGGAAGACGGCAAGGCCCACGGCCACGGGGUCUGCACCGGACCCAAGGGCCAAGGGGCCUACUCCGGCAGUUGGCAUUACGGAUUCGAAGUGUCCGGCGUCUACACCUGGCCUAGCGGCUCGUGUUACGAGGGCCAAUGGCAGAACGGCAAGCGCCACGGCCUCGGCAUGGAGACGCGCGGCCACUGGCUGUACCGCGGUGAGUGGACGCAGGGCUUCAAGGGCCGCUACGGGGUGAGGCAAUCGACCACCUCGACCGCCAAAUACGAAGGCACAUGGUCGAGUGGCCUUCAAGAUGGCUACGGCUCCGAGACUUACGCCGACAGCGGAACUUACCAGGGUCAGUGGCUGCGGGGUAUGCGACACGGUUACGGGGUGCGUGCGAGUGCGCCUUUCGGUCUGGCGUCUCACUACAAGUCCAAGACGCGGGCGUCGCAGACGUCCCUUCGGAGCGCCGAGGGAACGUCCGCGCCCACGCCCGAGCCGACCGACAGGCGAGACAGGCGCGUCGACGACAGCAGAGGAGGCUUCGUGCUCAAAGCGAGGAGCGACGAGCCGCCCGCGAGGCGCAAGUCGCUCACCGAAAAGUCCCUGAAGAAGGGCAUACUCGCUGGCUUGAAGAUCCGCAAGCAACGGAGCACGGGAGACCUUGAAAAGCGUGGCACGGCAGGCAGUAUCCGGAGCAAUGCGAGCACCGCGUCGUGGAUGUCGACCGAGAGCUCGCAGAGCCAGGCUUCCGCCUCGAUGCACACCGACAGCAACGCCUCCUUUGUUAUCGAGGACGAGCAGAUGGACGCCUCCGUAACCGAAACCUACCUCGGCGAGUGGAAGAACGACAAGCGGACGGGCUUUGGGAUCUCGGAGCGCAGCGACGGUCUGCGUUACGAGGGCGAGUGGUUCAACAACCGCAAGUACGGCUACGGCGUGACCACCUUCCGGGACAACACCAAGGAGGAGGGCAAGUACAAGAACAACGUGCUCAUCACCAGCCAGAAGAAGAAGCACCUGUUCCUCAUACGCUCGGCCAAGUUCCGCGAGAGGAUAGACGCGGCCGUGGCGGCGGCGCAGCGCGCCAGCAAGUUCGCCCUGCAGAAGGCCGACAUCGCCAUCUCGCGCACGGCCACGGCCAGGGGCAAGGCCGAGCUGGCCGACAUCGCCGCCGACCAGGCUAGGGAGGACUCGGACGUUGCCCAGCAGACGGCCAAGCAGUUCGCCCCCGACUUCCGGCAACCGGGACUCGAGAGGCUGAAGAACCGCGAAAUUCCAAGAUACGUUCCUCCGCCGCAGGACGCGGCGCCGACCAAGAGCAUUCUGCACAAGGGCUCGAGCGUAGACCAGCAGAACCUCUCGCCGAUGAAACAGCAGCCCGCCCAGCAGCAGCAGCCCAGCAUGACGCCCGACCGCACGGACGCGGGCGAGUCGAACCCCGGCGGGAGCGUCGGCCAGACGAUGGCCGCCAUGAGGCGGGCCAGCAUGAAGCCGCUGCCGCAGAAUGUGCUGGUGCUGCCGCAGAAUCAGCCGCCGAGCGCGACCAAUUACUCGCAGCCGAGCAGCCCGGGCUCGCCGUACACGCCGCCCUCGGGCAUCCUGCCUCAGAAUCAGUUCCCGAGCACCUCGCCGUCGCCUACUCCGGUCUAUCAGCAGCAGCAGCAGCAGCAGCAGCAGCAGCAGCAACAGCAACAACACCACCACCAACACCACCAGCAGCAGGCCUACCAGUACGCCACCUACUCGAGCUCGCAGAACCUGGACCAAUACGGAUACGCGCAGGGAUUCCAGAAUCAAUAUCAGGCCAGCGGUUACGCGAAUCAACAGAUGUUGUUACAACAGCAGGCGAUGGCUUCGUACAGCCCAAUGUCGCUAAGUCAAAUGAGCCUUUAUGGAGCCCAGCCAUUUGGUCCGCCUAUGCCGACCCAGUACGGAUACCAUCAGCAGCCGAUGAUGAAUCAGAUGAGCCAGUACGGUGCAAGCUCGCAGCAACAGCCACAAUUCGCGCAGAGGCCCGAUCAAAUGCAGCAACAGCAGUACUCGUCGGAGGAGAGUCAGAGGCAAGCUAACGCGGCGAGCAUACGUAGGAACAGCCGAGUGCUGAAUCCACAGGACAAGCCUGCUAGCGGCAUCGGGCAGACUCUCAAUGACAGGCUGGACCACUACAAGAGGCCUCCUAGCAGGGACAGCUCGGUCGACCGCUACCGAAGACAUCCGCUGAUCAGUGGCUCGAGGCAGCCGUCCGUCGACAAAAUGGCCUCGUCACCGACACCGGAUAUUCCAGACAACAGGUCGAUAAGAAGCCCAAGCGCCUUAAGGUCGGGUACGCCGCUGAACGGCAGUGUGGUCGGCAGCGGGGCGGCGACGCCGACCUACGCCGCUUCGACGUCCAGCCAGUUCGAAUACGUGCUGCUGAAGAACAAGGGUCUCGGCCAGGAGAUACUGCCGAGUCCUGGGCAGCCCAAGCGAACCGAGAGCCUGUACGUCACGCCUGGUCGCGGCGGCGGCGGCGGCGGCGGCGGCGGCGGCGCUAGCGCUGCUGCUGCUGGUGCUGGCGGCGGAGGCGGAGGCGGACAUAAGGCGAUGCCAGCGGCGGCGAUGAGCCUUCAGCGCAAGAAAUCGCUGCCGGACGUGGCGCAGCCGAUCCAGCUGACCGCCACCACGCCCCUCUCCAGGGAGGAGGUCAGCGCGCUCAGCAGCAUCCGGCGCGAGGAGAUCAGGCGGCAGAUCGACGAGCACGAGAGGCUCCGAGCUAACCCUCUCCUCUACCUUGUCAGUCCUCAGGUCAAAGACUGGUUCUCAAGACAACAGCUGGUGAUGCUGGUGCUCUUCAUCAACAUAUCGCUGGCGCUGAUGUUCAUCAAGCUGCUGACGUAGCACAAGCGGGCCGACGACGAUCGGCCGGAGCGUCGAGUCGUGCAGGUCACUUGAGCGAGCGGCAAUGUGAGCAAGUGCGAGGGCAGCAGGAGGCACUCUCGAGCCCCUGGCGGACACCACAGCUCCAGCACGCGCUAUUGGUUCCGUGGGGCGACGGAGGAAGAGGAGAAAGCACGACGAAGCGGCAUUUUACCUGUGAAAAUGGACGAGAUCUCGUCGCGCGUCGGACGUCGGCGAGACAAGAUUUAUCCUGUUGUUGUUGAUGUUGUUGUUGCUGUUAAACGUUUAUUGUUAAUGCUCGCAGACCUGACGACCACGUUUAUGUAGACUCUAACGCAAACGAACCAUUUGUUAACCGUCCGCACGCAUAUAUGAAGCACGAAGGCGCUGCUGCAAGCAGACGUACGAGGACGCGAAUAUUUGUAUUUGGCUUCACCAAAACAAUUCUCUUCGAGUUUCUUAUAAGAGACAACUCUGUAAUAUAUUUCAAGAAAAAGACAAAAA